AUGGCCCACAAAUCGCAUCGUCAAAAGGCCCUCGCAGCCCAGCUCGAGGCGCGCCCCGAGAUCUCGCUCGUCAAGCCCAAGAAGAAGCCCGUCUCUGAGGGCAUGGAGCUCGACUCGGACGACGAGGGUGUUGUCGUCGGCUCGGCCCUCGCGUCCGCAUCCGGCGAGGCGUCCUCGUCUGGCUUCGCUCCCUUGUCCGCGAGCGAGCAGUCGACCGCGCUCAAGAACGAGUUCCGUCGCAUCCCCAUCCCUCCCCACCGCAUGACCCCGCUCAAGCGCGAGUGGGUCAACAUCUACACGCCUCUGGUCGAGAUGCUCGGCCUGCAGGUCCGCAUGAACGUUAUGCGCCGCGCUGUCGAGUUGAGGAGCUCCGGCCACACCAUCGACACCGGCGCCAUCCAGAAGGGCGCCGACUUUGUCAAGGCGUUCGCGCUUGGCUUUGAGGUCAACGACGCCAUCGCCCUCCUUCGUCUCGACGACUUGUACAUCGACUCGUUUGAGGUCAAGGACGUCAAGACGCUCCACGGUGACCACCUUGCCCGUGCUAUUGGCCGUAUCGCUGGCGAGGGCGGCAAGGUCAAGUUCACCAUCGAGAAUGCUAGCAGGACGCGUAUCGUGCUCGCCGACACCCACAUCCACAUCCUUGGCUCCGUACAGAACAUCAAGAUUGCGCGCGACGCAGUCGUCUCGCUCAUUCUCGGCUCCCCACCUGGCAAGGUGUACGCCCACCUGAAGACGGUCGGCGCGCGGAUGAAGCAGAGGUUUUAG